AUGGCAUCGCCAAUGCCGGCGGCUCAGUCGAGCAAUCCGCCUGCCGCGGGCGAGGUGGACGAGUAUGGCCUGCAGACCAAGUUUAUGAACUUGAAGGUGCACUACACGUUCGACAAAGAGGCCAAGGUCAAUUGCCUGGCCAGAGGAUCCCAGCCCCUGCAAGUGCAGACUAUCCCGAUUGACGAGACGAAUACGAUUGGCGUCGUCGACCUGAGGGCCUGCAUCCACGUUAUUGCCGAGUGCAGCCCGGAGCUGACGAGCCACGAGUGCGACUACACGAUUUACGCUGUCGACUAUUCCGAGCCCGAUCUUCCCCAGGUCGGCCAGGGCCUGCUGUCAUGGGUCUUCCAGUCGAUGCGGCCUGAUUUUGGGCAUCAUCAGCCCAAGAUGGUCACGGGCAGGGUCACCAGAAAUAUACUGGGCGUUUUUGGCGGUGGAGGCAAAGAGACUCUGGAGAUACGAUUGAAGCUUUCUGAAACGGCCAGGAUCCAGCGUUCCAUCGCAUAUACCUCUCCUCCCGUGGAACUGAACCAUAUUGGGCCAAUGGAACCGACUUUACCGCCCAAUGCCGCAUCAGAAUGGAAUUCUCUAGUUCAGUCCAAUCCACAGACAGCUCCGCAGGCGACUCAGAACCAAGGCCCAGUACAGAGUCUAAUGCAGAGCCAUUCACCCAGCAUGGCUCCCGCUUUACCUCAAGGACCGCCGCCGCCCUUGGUCAGGCAAGGUUCUUUCGGGCCAAGUUACAGCCAGAUUCCACCUACACAAGAGCUUCCGAGGCUAGCUCCAACUCCAGUCGAUCCUCAAUCCAUGCCCAGCAUACCGGCGCCUUCUUCACGACCAUCUAGUAGAGCGUCAAAUAGACCCCCUCGAAGGAAGCCGCCGACUGGUAGGCCCCGGGGUAGGCCGCGGAAGAAACCUGCUGAGGGCAACACAUCAGGCUACGAAGAUGGGACCGAAGGAGAGGAUGCCGCACCUCCCAAAGAAAAUGAGCCUGUCAAGAAGAGAGCAAAGAUAACCAAGGUGGAUAGGUCAGACACGGUUGCCUUUGGUGCCGAACCUGAAUCUCUCAGGGUUGCUGCGAGCAACUCCAGCUCCCUGCGAAAUUUCCGGCCCAUUGGAAUCAACAACGACAGCGUGACAGGUAGUCAUCAUCUGCAGGAGAUCCCUCGAGCUCCCACGCCUGUUCCUAACGGUCGUCUCAGGGUGGUACCACCAGGACGGGAGCCCAGCUCGCUCAAGCGACGUGAAUCCGCAUUGAGCCAGCCGCCCACAUCAGGCUUUGCCACGAGCGAUGUAGGCCGCUUCCAGUCCCCCGGCAUCGACGACGACAGAACGCCAGAAUCUCUCGCCCCGACGCCAAACUACCCCGACGACAGCCCUCCAGAUAUUGGCUCCUCGCCACCGGUUCAGCAGGCUACGCCUUACAUGCGGUCUAGUCCACCUCCUUCGAGUCCGGUGCUGCCUCCGAUGCCGCCUAUGGCUGCUCAUGAAUCCGAAGUUCCGAACAAUGACGCGGGCGACAUUUUUGGAGAGGGAGAGCCGCCUAUGGUGGAUGAGCUGCCGCCUCCACCCCUCAUAAACAAAAUGCCGACCCAGAGCGUGCCUAUCCAGGUCUUCCAGCUCCAGGACGGCCCCAGUGGCCAAGAUCUAGUACACCUUCGCACCUAUAACACCCCUUAUCCCACGUCAAAUGCGCCUGCCCCUUCUGAGAGCUCCCUUCUCCCUCCCCUAAGCCGGGAACCGAGCCGUCCACAAUCCAGUGGCCAGCCUACUAAAAGGAAGAGACCGCAGUCAUCAUCACCACCAGACUUGGGGCCAACCCCGCCUCCAACGACCGACGCCGUUGAGCGGGCAAUGAGCCCGACCCUAACCUCUACCCCUGUUCCAAUUCAAGCUCCUACUCCCAUCCCUCUUCCUGCCUCCAAUUACGCCACGUCUACUUCUGCACCGAUAUAUGCGCCAAUUCCUACGACAGCUCCUUUUUUAGCCCCAGGUGUCGGGGCCCCAACUCCUCCGGCACCAGCUCCUGAAUCAGUCCCAGCUACUGCGCCAACACCCGAACUCUCACAGGCCCCUCCUUUAACCGAUGACAGUUUGUAUGAUCCUAUAGUACAACUCGCCUCUACGUUUUCCUCGAGAGAAGAAGCUCCUCCUCCAAUACAACAGCCAUCACGAUCCUCACAGCCGCCUCAGCCAAAACCACAAACUUCUUCGAAGCCUAAAUAUCCCCGUCAACUCAGUCGAUCGCAGUCUGCAGGGCCACUUAUACUACCCACCAGCGAUCCUAUUGGUCCAUCGGCUUUAUCUCAGCCUCCCACUGUCCCUUUAGAGCGUCCAUCUACAAUGGGGGGCGGAGGCGCUGAUAUCCGUCGACCAGCUUCUACCGGGCCUUUGGCUUUACCAAUGCCUGAGCCUCUUGCCGAGCCCUCGAAAGAGUCUGCGCUUGAGGCGUCCUGCACUCCCAGCGAUUUCCCUCCACCAUCUUCGCCACAACGAGCAAAUAAUAAGAACAAUGGUAAAAAGCAUGCCAUCAGACAGCGACUAGAGGCGGCCAUUAACAACGGGGAAAUGCCUCCCUACUGCAGCAACUGUGGUGCUAUAGAAACCCCCACAUGGAGAAAAAUUUGGAAUCAACAUCGAGAUGGUAUUCCGGACCGAUGCGAAUUCUCGGAGAAGCCUGGUAAAGUAACGGCAGUGGAGAUAACUCAGUGUGAUGAUGAGGGCAAGCCAACAGCUCAUCGUGUUAUCAAAAAGAGCUUGGCUAUCACCGAUGAUAAAACCAAGUGGCAAGAGGCUUUGCUUUGCAAUCCCUGCGGCAUAUGGCUUACCAAAUGUAAAAGCCAUCGGCCGGCGGAUAGAUGGGAUAAGGAUGCCUCUCGAAUAGGCCAAGAACGGCGGAAGAGGGACGCGCUAGAGCCACCAGCACCCUCGUCACCAAAAAUGAACGACGCUUUCUCUAUAGAUUCAGAUUCAUUGCCGAGGCCAGAGAACGCUGAAAGUCAGGAAUAUGAGAGGUCUUUCGCGACCGUUGGGUUGGGUGUAUUAUCCCGGCCAGGAUCAACGCAUUCCCGGGGCAAUGGAACAGCUCAAAGCCCCAUUGACAUCGAUACUGAAUUUGACCAAGUCGCUGGAAGCACUAAGAGGCUUCUAUUCCCGUCGCCUAGGAAAGACGGGGUGCCCAAGGUGCUUUGCGAUGUUGACAUUAAUAUCGUGCAGACAGCAGAGUGUCGCUCAGCAGACAACCUAAAAGGUGACCAAGAGAACGCCGUCGCGUCAGGAUUGAAUACGGGUGUCGGCAAGUUGGAUGAUUUAGAAGCUCUGUUCAACAGCCCGGCGGCCAAAGAACGACCAUCCACCCCGCCACCCGAGCCCAAGUCCGCUCCUGCCGAGCCUUUCAAAACCCCUACUCGACCUACCCCAAGCCAUAGGCCGAUCACUAGAAGUGUCUCGCGGUCUAUGAGAUCUGCCAAGUCGAUCUUGUCUCCAAGCCAGCUCGCAACCGACCGGACUCCUACCAAGACGCCAAAAUCUAUGUUGAAAAUUCCCGGAAGCAGCGCGAGAAGACGCAGUCCGCGAGGCCACCAGAGCCAUUUUGACAGCAUGUUUACUUCACCAAUUGCUCAAAAUAUUGUACAGUUCCUCUCACAGGGCAAUACCUUCUCAUUUGAGGAUGGUGAGAUUGAUUUUGGCAACCUCGCUGGAGACAACGAUGAACUGCUUGACCUUGGCCAUCUUUUGAGUACAGAUGAUAUAAUGCCCAGCUCUCCACCCAAAGACGCCACCGUGGAGUUCGAAUACGAAGGCGAUAUUGGUAAUAUUGCUGAUUGGAUGGACCAUGUUACGAGAGAGCUUAAAUGA